AUGUCAGUGACAGUGACAGAAAUGCCAGUCUGGACAUAUGAAGGGGCCACGGCUCAUUACACCUUGGACGGUUGGACCCAGAAGCAUGGAGAAACAAGUUUGCAGAGCAGUUGUGGAGGACUCUUCGAAGAAGGACAACCAGGCCCCGAGGGGGUGGAGCGGGUUGCUGCAGCCGCUGGCUUGCCAGCAAUUAUUAAUUCACUCCUGCUGGCGCUGUCUUGGGGGCCCCAGGCUCACAACCACAUCAGGAGGAAGGCAGAGGUCACGGAGGUGUGUGGAAUGGUGGCGAGGUGUCAGUGGGGCCAGAAGACCAUCGUUACCUGCACACUUGAGUUAAUAUUUGGCAGGACAUCCCCAGAAGCUAAUGGCAGUUGGCAGAGUGGGGCUCGGAGCCCUGGUGUGCAGGUGACUCAGGUUUCCCGGUAUUGUCGCCCUCCUGGCUGGUCACGUGCCCCUCAAGGGGCUUCCUCUUUCCCUAAAAACUGCCCUGAUGGGGAAGUCCCCACUGGGCACUAUAAGAAGCCCCCUGGGGCUCAGGGCUCCUGCAGAGAAGCCAGCGGCUCCAGCCUAGAGCACAAGAUGUGGCUGGGUUUCCUCUGCCUGCUGGCCCUUCUGGACCUCCACUCUGCGGCUUUGAGCACCACCCCGAGAUACUUCCCCACGUCCUAUCUCAGCCGCAGCCCCACGUCCAUCUCUAACUGGUCCAGCUCCAGCGCCGAAUCCCAGUCGGUUUCCAAUUUCACUGGCUCCGUGGAUGACCGUGGGACCUGCCAGUGCUCCGUUAUCCUGCCAGACACCACCUUUCCCGUGGAGAGAGUGGAGCGCUUGGAAAUCACAGCUCAAACUAUCUCCAAGAAGUUCGAGAAAGAGCUUUCUAAAGUGAGGGAGUAUGUGCAAUUAAUCAGCAUAUAUGAAAAGAAACUCUUAAACCUCACCGUCCGCAUAGAGAAAAUAGAGCAAGAUACCAUUUCUUACACGGAACUAGACUUUGAGCUGAUCAAGAUAGAAGUCAGGGAGAUGGAGAAACUGAUCCAGCAGCUGAAGGUCGGUUUUGUGGGCAGCACGGUGAUCAUUGACCAGCUGGAAGUGGAGAUAAGGAAUAUGACUCUCCUGGUAGAGAAGCUCGAGACGCUAGACAAAAACAAUGUCCUAAACAUUCGCCGACAAAUCCUGGCUCUGAAGAACAAGCUCAAGGAAUGUGAGACCUCCAAACUCGAGGAUCCUGCCAGACCCCCUCCACCGGCGCCAGGGAGCUGUACUCACGGCGGUGUGGUGAAUGUCAGCAAACCGGCUAUUGUUCAACUCAACUGGCUAGGGUUUUCCUAUAAGUAUGGCGCCUGGGGUCGGGAUUAUUCUCCCCAGCUUCCGGGCAAAGGGCUGUACUGGGUGGCACCUUUGAAUACAAAUGGGAGAACUUUGCAAAAUUAUAGACUCUACAAUACCCUGGAUGAUCUGCUGCUGUACAGGUAUAACCAGGACUAUUAUAUUUCCUAUGGCCAAGGCAGUGGCAUAGCAGUUUAUAAUAACAACAUGUAUGUCAACUGGUAUAACACCAGGAACAUUGCCAGAGUUAACCUGGCCACCAACAGGGUUGAGGUGACACAAACACUCCCUCAGGCUGCCUAUAAUAACCGCUUUUCAUAUGCUAAUGUUGGCUGGCAAGACAUAGACUUGGCUGUGGAUGAGAAUGGAUUGUGGGUGAUUUACGCAACUGAAGCCAGCACUGGUAACAUAGUGAUUAGUAAACUCAAUGACACCACACUUGCGGUGCUAAACACUUGGCAUACCAAGCAGUACAAACCAUCUGUUUCUAACGCCUUCAUGGUGUGCGGGGUUCUGUACGCCACCCGUACUUUGAGCACCAGAGCUGAAGAGAUUUUCUACUACUUUGACACAAACACAGGGCAAGAGGGCAGACUGGCCAUUGUCAUGCAGAAGGUGCAAGAAACCUUGCAGAGCAUCAACUACCACCCUUAUGAGCAGAAACUUUUUGUCUAUAAUGAUGGUUACCUUCUGAAUUAUGACCUUUUCUUCCAACCCCAGUAAACCUUGAUGUGUCAGGGUGAGAGAGAAAUGAAAUUCUCAUUGGAAAAACAUGGUCUUUUCACUUGUUUAGAUCUCUGCGGAGGGGUAGGAGGAGGCAAAAGGGUCAUCUGCUUAGUAGUAAUAUUUGGGAACAUAGCUUUGCCACACCAGGUACUUAGAACUUUGCCCUGAUUGGAUAAGUGUUCUGGGAAGCCCUCUUCCUCUUGGGUUGCAUUUCUCAACUGAAAUAAGGUCCUUCCGGGGUGGGUGGGAUUGUCCUGGAGUAUUAUGGUUUUAAGGAAGCCUUCCCUGAGUUGACAUCUGGAAAUUAAGGAACUCAGAGAGAACCCUGUAUGGCUUUUGUGGAUUCCUUGUACAGGGGAGAGGACUCAAGGAUGGGUUCUCGCUCCAUAUUGCCUAGCUAAUUUCUUCCAUCCCUGAAAGAAACCUGGGCUUACUUAGGCAGAUUAAUACCUAGGACUCCUUGAGGGUCUGAAUCUCCAAUUUUUUCUUACUGGCACCUGGAACGAUGUUUUGUAUGUAGCGGGAAAUUAAAUUUAAUGUGCUUCUGUUAUGUCUGCAAAAUGCUCUGAAUUUUCUGGAGAAAGGUCCUUUUAGGCAUUAAAUUGUCUCAUCAGUCUCAGAUCUGCAGAUGAGGCACUUGGUUGUCCUUUUCUCCUGGUGUCUAUCUUCAUAAGAGUCAGUAGAAGAUUCCUACCUUAAACUUCCUUCCAAAGGCAGCUCAGAAGAUAAGAACCACAUUUACCCAUCAAUUCCUCUCACCCCCUCCCAACCUCCUACUUACCCCCCCAAAACAGUUUUUUAAUGGAACAGAUGUAAACACAAUGAAUUUUCUUUAGUCUCAUCAUGCAAUUUUAUUUACAUGACUCUAAGACUAUAAGAAAAGCAAAUGACAGUGAUAGCAUGAUAACCUAUCUGGCUGUAUAAUAAAGCCCUUGGAACACAUAAAGUCCUUGGAAGACAUAAAGCCCUUGGGCUUGUAUGAAGUCAUAGCCAUUGCUUCAUGCAAUUUUUGUCUUUAAGCCCGAAACUUGUAAGAAAAUGAAAUUUCAACUUUUGUCAAGGAAGUAAUGUUCAAAAAAAAAAA